UGCAGGCUCUGUUGACAGACAUCAUGGAUGAACUGGGAGGAUGGAGGAGUAGGACUGAACGUGUCUGGAAUACAAUGCUGAAGAUUCACUGGCUGGAGGAUCUGAUUCACUCAACAGAGAAGAAAUACUUCCACAUGAAAGCUCAGAUUCACAAGCCCAGAGUGAUGAACAAACAUAAGGCUAAAGUAAGAAAAAGAGUCAACAUCUCCAGAGAAUUAUUUCCAGUCCCUGCUACUGAAAGACGCUUCCCCUCAACUGAAAACCUAGCUGCCGCUGAUUCCAAGACACCUUCAUAGUUCAUCAGCAGAAAAUGAAAGAGCCAAUGAGACUCAUUCUCUUCACAGAAAAUCCCUCCCAGCUACAUCAUUCAACAUAAUAUGUUUGAAGCUGUGAAAAUCAGAGGAUGAAAAGCUCCCAGCGUUGACUUAAUUUACAGAACUAUAAAUACCUCAUAUGUGUAUUGAAGCACAUGACAGAACUGGGUUUCAUAUUUUAGUACGUUCUGCAUCUUUUAGAAUGUUGAAAUCAU